AUGGGCUACAUCCAGUUCGACAAGAUCGCCGUCCCGGACGACAACUUGGUGUCGCUGGGACUGCUCCACCGGCAACUGCAAAAACAGCAGGAAAGCCACCGGCUGUUGGAAACCUGGAGCGUCGUUUCAUCAGAGACUCCGGGAAAAUCUCACCAUCAUGCCUACGAUUCCCUCGAUGAGCUUCAGGACCCAUCUACAACAACACUCGUUCCCUCGAGCGUGAGUCCCGACGACAGAUCGUUUCUCACGGGCCUGACACCAACCUCUGAGUCGUUGGACGAUAUAUGGGCCGACCUCGUGAAUUCCGAGCACACCAGGAACUCCCAGGACCGCCACCAGGGUGACCACCAGGGUGACGAUCACGAUGAGGGCUUUGCAAAUCUGCACGGAACCACCACCCUACAAACUGCCUCCCACGCCGCUGUUCAGCAUCAUAAUAACAACAGCAAUAAUGAAAAUAAUAGUCACAUCGGCGCCCUCGUCCAUGCCGGAAGGAAGUCUUCGCUGGACGAAAAGCUUCUAGGAACACAGUUCAGUACCGGAUCACCUUUCACAGAUUUGGAGCUGCUGUCACCUUAUACGACAGACAUCUCUGUCGCCAGUACUAGCUCCUCGUCGGGCGGCGAUGUGACGUUUGGGCAACAAGCUCCGCCUGUAUUUGAGUGUCAGCACUGUUAUGCCAGCUUCAAAGUCAAGGGCUAUUUGUCGCGGCAUUUGAGAAAACACCAGGUGGUCAAGGACUUUCAGUGCCCCUACUGGGCUCCGGAGUGUCAGUGCCAUUCUACUGGGGCCUUUUCCCGUAAAGACUCAUACAAAAUGCAUCUCAAAGCCAUCCACUUUGUCUACCCUGUGGGCGUGGCCAAAACCCACCGCAAUCGAUCCAAGGGCCGGUGUGCCGCGUGCUACCAGGAGUUCGACAACAAUACAGAGUGGUUCAACCAGCAUGUGGCUACACGCAGCUGUGAAGGCAUGCUCCGUGUAAAACAAGAACCCCAGGAUUAG